AUGGACCCAUCUUCACCCUCUUCUACGAUUACUGCCCCACCGGACUAUCAUGAAACCGCUUUGACGCUCGCCAGACUUGCUACGGAGGCUAUGACUUGCAAAUUUGCCCUCCUACAUUACGACAGCGUGUCGAAAACGAUGAUCGAAUGGUACUGGCCAGACGAUGAAGAGGGGAAAAAAGUUCCGCCGUCGAACUUCGAGAAGUACCGCGACGAACGCAAAUUCCAAUACCCGUGCUGCCUAUGCGCCUUCAGCACCAGAAGAGAGGCUUACACAGAGGCAGCAGUGUACCCUUGGAGGGAUAAGGCCACCAAUAAACUUUAUUGGAAUGCAAGAUGUACAUCUGAUACAUUGAAAAUCGACAUACACUAUCAUCGAUCGUCUCUGGUUACCUUCAUAUACCCUCUUCGAGGAGAGCACGAGAAACCGUGCCUUAUUCAACUGGAGUGGACCCGGAGGGAACAAAAAGACUUAAUGGCGAAGCUCGACUCCUCUAUUGGCGAUGGCAUUACGGCGACAGAGUUCCGCAUUCUCUUUAGACAUUGCAAGCUAUGCAAGCGAGUCGGAGCAAGACCAGUAAUGAACCACCACAUCCUGGCAUGUUCAGGAGGGGUGCAGAAGCAACGACUUAAGCAAAAGUCGAGACUAUUCGUUAUCGAUGAAACUACUAAGUAG